AUGGCGAACGUUGGAGAAUCGCGCAAGACUGCUGGUCUCUCAGUUGCGCCUAGGCCCCCAGGUUAUCCUGGUGUCGUUAUUGGUGCUCACGGCAGAGUCCGGGAAGCCACGUCUCCACACUGGUGCCCUUUGGGAGCGGCUCCCUUCGCUGACCUCAAGCGACAACAACGCGGACGGUUGCGUACGAAGAUGGAGAGAGGAUUAUUGAAGUGGGUGACCACACGUUACCCGUCCAUCAUCACAACCAUCGCUGAGGAAAAGCCCUGUGUCGAUGGCAGAAAAGACGAUCCAGGCGAUAACAACAAUCCAAGCCAAACUUCGACAAACUUCGACAACCUGUUUCUUGACCUAGGAUACAUUUUACGCACGUGCACUAAUCCAGAUCAUAAGCCCGCUCCCAAUAGUGAGAACCAAAUAAUGAAGGACAUUUUUGACUACAUUGACCGGGUAUUCAAGAUAGUUCGGCCAAGGCGACUACUGUACAUGGCCCUGGAUGGUGUGGCGCCCAGGGCCAGGAUGAACGAGGAGCGCUCCAGGCGCUUCAAGGGCGCCCAGGAGUCCGAGCAACGGGCCACGAAGGAGGCCUCGCUGCGAUCGGCGCUGGAGGAACGCGGCGAGCGGCUGCCUCCCGAGUGUCCGGACUUUGACGCCAACUGCAUCAUGCCGGGCACCGAUUUCAUGGAGCGGGUCACCAAGUCACUCCACUUCUACAUUCACCAGCGGCUCAACUGCGACGACAGCUGGAAGGACGUCCAGGUGGUGCUGUCCGACUCAAAAGUUCCCGGCGAGGGAAAGCAGAAAAUAAUGGACUUUAUCCGGACGCAAAAGGGCCGCCCCAACUACGACCCGAACACGAAGCACUGUAUUUACGGUCCUGACGCUGACCUGAUCAUGAUGGGCCUGGUGAUGCAUGCCGCAAACAUCACCAUCAUGAAGGAGGACCACCGCUUCGACAUCAAGUUCUGUCGACUCUGUCAACAGACGGGUCACGAUAUGGACAGAUGCGAAGGCCUUCCCGACGACCGACAAGAACAGGCGCCCACACCCGAAGUGCCACUAGCCUUUGUCCACAUCAACGUGCUGCGUGACCAGCUGGCACGUGAUCUUCGAGUGCAUGACGCACCGUUUCCGUUCGACCAGGAGAGGGCCAUUGCCGACUGGGUGUUUCUGUGCCUUAUCGUUGAAAACGACUUCCUACCGAAUCUGCCUUCCUUGUCAGUCAGUGAAAAUGCCGUUGAAAGACUCGAGAAUAUCUACAAGGAAACGUUGUGCAAACUGAAGGGCUAUCUUACGGAAGACGGACGCGUUCAGCUCACGCGAUUCGAAGCGCUCAUGAACGAGCUGGCCAAGUCGGAAGAGGACAUAUUUUGGAGGCGCCGCAGGAACGCAGUGAAUGCCGCGGCGAUCGAGCGAGAAAAGCAGCAGCUGAAAGUGGAUGCCGACAAGGAAGAACGGGAAGCGUUCAGUACGGAUGAACGGAUGGCCGACGUUGAUGACGAACUCAUAUCUGGACAAAGCGCCAAGCGUUUUCUGUCCGACGAAAGCCUGGACGAAGAGGAGGAAGAUACCGACGAUGAAGUGCGCCUUUGGGAACCCGGCUGGAGACAGCGAUAUUAUGUGGCCAAAUUUGACGUGACCUCGGAUAACGAUACCUUUCGGCAUCACCUGGCCUGCGAAUACACCAAGGGACUUUGCUGGGUGCUUCGGUACUACGUUCAGGGGUCCGGAUCAUGGAAGUGGUUUUUCCCAUAUCUCUACGGGCCCUUUGCGUCGGAUUUCGUCGAUGUAGCCGAUAUUGCCAUCGACUUUGACCAAGAGACCGAACCUCUCAAGCCCAUGGAACAGCUUAUGUGCGUCCUGCCGGUGACCAGCAGCCGUCACCUUCCCGAGCCGCUGGCUGACCUCAUGGAGGGCCCGAAGUCACCUAUCAUUGAUUUCUAUCCAAAGAACUUCAACAUCGACCCCAAUGGCCACAAGUUUAACCGGCAAGGUGUCGCGCUGUUGCCCUUUGUGGAAGAGAGGCGGCUUCUUGAAGUUCUCCACGUGGUAUACCCUCUCCUGGACGCAAACGAAUGUGGUUAA